UGCCCUCUACCGUGAAAACGCAGCAACAGCAGGAAAGUGUCAUCUGCUGGAACUACAAGUGGAAGUCGAUCUGCGUCUCUUAGAUAUUCUUUUGUGAAAUGUAUUCUUUUUCAUCAGCCGUCCGAUAAAACUGAGCACAGGAAUGGCUCUGGAGAAAAGGUGCACACUACCUGUAGAUACAGGGGAAGGAACCCUCUUAUGUGUUUGACACUGAAGACCAGCAUGGCUGACAGAAAGGCUGAAGAGAAGAGCCAAGAGGAGGCUACUCUCCCACCUGGCUGGGUAUUUAAAAUAUCCAACCGUCACAACAGAGUUUAUUACUUUAACAUUGCCACGGGGCAGUCUUGUUGGGAAUUACCAAAGGAGGGGAAGGAAAAGAGAGCAGCUUGCAGCAGCCAUAAAUUUGAAACGAUUCCUGGAGCUUCAUCAAGCACAAGACCUCCAGAGACUCCCGUGGUGGACAAGUUAGCUCAGCAACAUCAAAAGAAGAAAAAAAGGAAGAAAAAGAAGAAACCUAGAAGUAAAGCAGCACAGCAAACGUUACAGACAAGUUUUGAUCCAUGUGCCAACACUCAUGCAGGACAAAGGAAUUUGUUAAACACCCCACAAAUAGUGACCAGGAACAGAGCCCACAAUGAGAAAAGAUUCGAAUCUCAGGCUAAAAAAUGUCCAUCAGUCUCUAAGAAAGAGCAAGGUGAAAGCACUGAAACGGGAACCAAAAGGCAUUCAUCAAGUACUGCGACUAGUGCAAAUGAUUUGGAUCUAAUAAACAGUUUGGUAGUAAAUAAAAGAUUAAAAACUCCUCAUGGGUGUGUAUCCACUAAGAAUGAUGCCACUGCAAACACAUCAGGGACACAGAGAAGGAAAUAUUCUCCAACACCCCUUAGAGGAGACGUCAGUUCUUCAUCUGCAGGUAGGAUUGUUUCAGAAACUCCUAAGAACAAAGGUACAUGGAGUCUUGUAGCAGCUGAGGAACAAAAAGUAUCUGACAGAUCACGUAGAAAGAGUCUAAUGCGUGCAUUAAACAUAUCAAAACCCAAUCUUAGUAAUUCUAGUCUAGAGCCUGUUCCAAAUUGCUCUGAGCAGAUAUCAGAAUCUCCAGGAUCUGACCAUGUGUAUAGAAAUAAGAUGCACAGUCAAAAGUCAUUUACACCUAAUACCAAGCCCUACACAAAACACAGAAACCAGGUUAGAAGUGAAACAAAUAGGAAUGAGGUCACACAUCCAACGCUAAAGAGAGAUAUAUCAGGGAAACCGUAUACUGUUCAACCACAAAGUGCUGACACCAGUUCUUCUUUUCCAAAAGAAAGUACUUCCCUUGUGCCACAACCCCAGCAAACUGAACCUUCUGUGCCACUAGGGAACCCUAGUCCUAUGUCUACCUCAGUUAAAACAAAUCAAAUGGAAAUCUUUACACAAAGCAAUGUCCACAUGCAAGAUAAUCUUUUCACAAAUCGGGUUCAAAAAGUUGACGCCCAAUGUAUGCAGAUACCAAGCCAUGCAGUGUCUCCAGGAAAUUGUCCACUGAACCAGAUGUCGCCUGAUAUCAAUAGGUGCUCAACACCAGAGGGCAGACUUCCAAGAGGCUCCUCCCCCUUUGAUUUAAAGAGUAUUGUACUAUACAGGCAGCUGCCAGACUCUGUGGAUAAAGCGGAGUUAUACAUGGUGCUUGACACAAACAUUUUGCUCAGCCAUUUGGAGUUUGUAAAGGAAAUCUUAGCACACCUCAUUCCAGGGAUAGGCAGACCAGUGCUUGUGAUUCCUUGGGUGGUCAUUCAGGAGCUGGAUUAUUUGAAGGACAAUAAAAAGGAAACCAACAUCAAGAGGAAAGCAUAUGCAGCAGUCAAGUUUUUACACGAAAGUUUUAAGAUGAAACGACCACAUCUCAUAGGUCAGACACCACAAGAGUCUUCCCAGGACCUUCAAGGUUUCAAGAUAGAGAAUAAUGAUGACAGGUUGCUGCAGUGCUGUUUACAGUUCAGACAAAAAUAUCCUAGUUCAAAGAUAGUUGUUUUCUCCAAUGACACUAACCUGUGUACCAAGUGUAUGAUCACGGGAUUUCCUGCCUUUAACAGACAGGGUAUUGUAGAAGGCAUGCAGCAAGAGAACAGAGGAACACCUUUUGAUACAGGAGCAGCUGUUGAAGCAGAGCAGCUGGGGCCAGUAAAUGUUGCCAGUCCUCAUGAAGUGUAUACUGUGCCUACUACAGCACCAUCUAGUGACAAAACACAGAACUGUGUUGAAGCUGUAGUAGAACCCAAGAAGAAAACUAGACAGGAGCUUGAACUUGAGUUGAGUGAAGAUGUCACACAAGAAGUAAUGUUAACUCUGAAAGAUUCCCUGAGCAUGGUUCUGGAAAAAGAGAUGAAGGAGGCAUUUGGUGAUAUCUGGCAGGAAGUAGUUCUCAGGAAGCCACCUUGGACACUGAGAGACAUUCUGGAGUGCAUUGACAAGCACUGGAUGGCUGUGUUUGGGAUGUUUCUGAACAGGCAGCUUUCUCAGGUGGUGAAGCAACUUGUGCAAUAUUUCAAGAGUGCUCUAGGUAGAAACCCCAGUCUGAAUCAGGUGAAAACAUUGAUGUCAGACAGUCUGAAAUUCUGCAAAGAAUUGAGGAGUAAGUCAGAUUAUGAAGGUAAAUUAACAAAAACCAUCCAAAGACUUGAGCAACUGUCAGCAGUAUGCUCCAGUGUCAUGAGUGGUGCUGUGGAACCCUGUGGACUCAGUCAGCUAGAAGACCAGAUCAAAAGUCAUGACACUUGCUUAGAUGAUUCCAAUAAUGGAAAUUACCUGAAAGUACCAGAAAAUGAUAGACAAGAUGUUGUUUUGUCACAAAGUGUUGAACUAAUGGAGACAUUGGAAUCUACAUCAGAGGACACAAUCGAUAUGCCGUCUCAGUCUUCAUCUGUGAUACAUGCGCAUUCUGCACCAUCUCCCACUUUGCAGUCCGUGUCUGUUUUGGAUCCAGAAAGUGAGCAAGCCAUUUAUUUCAAGUUUCAGAGUAUAUGGGAAACUAUUCAUGAAUACAGCCAAACUAUAGAGACAGUCCUGAGUGGCCAUCCCAUUCCUGUGCCGUCCCCGUCCACCCCCAGUAGAGAACAGGCUGUGGAGAUGCUGAAAAGACUGUAUACCAUGUCCCUUGAGCUCAAGAUGGAAUUCAUCAAUUUCCUGUCAGUUCCUGUUCCUGAAGCCAAUCUACACCCGGAGGAAUUUUUCUCAUUUUGCCAAGUAUUAAAUCACUUCUUAGACUAUUUGGAUAUAAAGAAGGAGGCCCAGGGUCCCGAUGUCCACCCAGAGAAGUUACUGCUCUAUUUUCUCAAUGACAGCAGGAGAGAGGGGAUGGUGAAUGGGCUGGCACAGCUCAGUGAGAUGAUUCACAGAAUGGGAAACUGUGGUCUAAACCUGCAGGUCCACUGACUCUGCAUAUCACUAGGAAGGUGGUUAGACCAAGCCAAAUACAACAAAACUUGGCGUUUGUCUGAUAAGAUGACAAAUUAACAAAAUUUGGCUGUGAUUAAAAAAAAAAUGAAUACCUAAUGUUAGAGAAAUUCUGAUGUAGGAUAAAAGAGAAGUGCAAUGCAUGGUUGUUUCAGGUCUGCCUAAUAAUAAGUUUAUUCACUAGUGUUAUUUUUAUGUGUUUGUUAUGAGACUGCUGUUAAAUAGUUGCAUUUUUCUAAAAAUUACAUUUUCCAUUCAGUGUUGCCAUCACUGCUAGACAUGCACUGGUUUGAAGACAACUGUAGUUCGUUUCAUUUGAAAUUUACUGGGUUGUUUUAGUAAAAAUACAGGUCAAGCUCAAAAUAUUGCUCGAUUUCUUUCAGAAUUAUCGCAAUUCUGUAUAAUGUUCAAUAUAUUUUUGUACCUUUAAGUCAAAUAUUUACCUAUAAUAAAUUUCCAUGU